AUGUCGUUCUCGCGAACGGACGGUGAGACCGCUGAGAACCUCCUCGGGAGCGUCAAGAAAGUCUCCGGUCCCGUCGUUUUGGCUGAAAACAUGCACGGCGCCGCGAUGUACGAACUCGUGCGCGUCGGUGGGGAUAAAUUGAUCGGUGAGAUCAUUCGUCUGGAGCGGGACACGGCGACGAUUCAGUGCUACGAAGAAACGAGCGGUCUCGCGGUCGGAGACCCGGUGGAGCGGACGAUGAAGCCGCUGAGCGUGGAUUUAGGUCCGGGGGCGUUGGAGAACAUCUUUGAUGGGAUUCAACGACCGUUGACGACGAUCGCGGCGCGAAGUGGAGAUUGUUUCAUCCCGCGUGGAGUGGACGUGCCGGCGCUGGAUGAGAGCAAGCUUUGGGAGUUUGUGAGCUCGAGAAGUGGGUUCAAGGUUGGCGAUCACGUGAGCGGAGGCGACAUCUUCGGGAGAGUGCAGGAGAAUUCGUUGAUGGAGCAUCGGAUGAUGGUGCCGCCGAACGCGAAGGGUAGGGUGACGUACAUUGCCCCGGAUGGUUCGUAUGACGUGAACGAAAAGGUUAUCGAGAUUGAGUUCGGUGGGGUGGUGAAGGAGUUUUCGAUGAAGCAGCAGUGGCCGGUGCGCGCGCCGAGGCCAGUGGCGGAGAAGUUGGCGGCGGAUUAUCCGUUGUUGACGGGGCAGCGUGUCUUGGACGUGAUGUUUCCGUCCGUUCGCGGAGGGACAUGCGCAAUUCCGGGGGCUUUCGGGUGCGGGAAGACGGUGAUCUCCCAGGCGUUGUCCAAGUAUUCCAACUCGGACGGGAUCAUUUACGUCGGGUGCGGUGAACGUGGGAACGAGAUGGCGGAGGUCUUGUACGAUUUCCCCGAGCUUACGAUGACGAUGCCCGACGGUCGGGAAGAGUCAAUCAUGAAGCGCACGACGCUCGUGGCCAACACGUCUAACAUGCCCGUCGCCGCGCGGGAGGCUUCGAUUUACACCGGGAUCACGCUCGCCGAGUACUUCCGAGACCAAGGCUAUAACUUCUCCAUGAUGGCCGACUCCACGUCUCGGUGGGCCGAGGCUUUGCGGGAGAUCUCCGGUCGUCUCGCGGAAAUGCCUGCGGACAGCGGUUACCCGGCGUACCUCGGCGCUCGCCUCGCGAGCUUUUACGAGCGCGCCGGUCGCGUACGAUGCCUCGGGAGCCCGAACAGAGAAGGCUCCGUCACUGUCGUCGGCGCGGUGUCGCCGCCGGGUGGGGACUUCUCCGAUCCCGUCACCUCCGCGACGCUCGGGAUCGUUCAAGUUUUCUGGGGCCUGGACAAGAAGCUCGCUCAGCGAAAGCACUUUCCUUCGGUGAACUGGUUGAUUUCAUAUUCCAAAUACAGCAAUGCACUGGAGCCGUUUUACGACAAAACCGAUCCGGAGUUCGUGCAGCUUCGCGUUGUCGCGCGAGAAGUCUUACAAAAAGAAGACGAAUUGAACGAGAUCGUGCAGCUUGUCGGGAAGGAUUCGCUCGCCGAGUCGGAUAAGGUGACGCUCGAGACGGCGAAGUUCUUGAAGGAAGAUUUCUUGCAGCAAAACUCCUUCACCGAGUACGAUAAAUACUGUCCAUUUUACAAAUCCAUUGGGAUGCUGCGAAACAUGAUUCGUUUCCACACCCUCGCAACCGCCGCUGUCGAGCGCGCGGCGACGACGACCGACGGUCCGAAGAUGACGUUCAACGUCAUCCGAACGCGCAUGAGUGAGCUGAUGUAUAGAAUCGCGAGCAUGAAGUUUGAGGAUCCAAAGGAUGGCGAAGACGCCAUUCGCGCUCGCUUCUCCGAGCUCGAGCAAGACAUCGUCUCCGCCUUCCGCGCGCUCGAGGAUGAAUUCAGAUGA